AUGAGGAGAGGGCUAGUGCAGGUAAAGGAGGAGAUGGUAAAGGAGUUGUCUGUCAUCAAGAGGCUGCUGCAGCACAGAGAACCGACUGUAGAGACUCCUAGAGAGAAGCUGCAGGCCCGGCGCUCUGCCCCCCUCCGACACACCCAAAUCAAAUCAAAUUGUAUUUGUCACAUGUGCCGAACACAACAGGUGUAGACCUUACCGUGAAAUGCUUACUUACAAGCCCUUAACCAACAAUGUUUUAAGAAACAGGCCCUGUGUACCCCAGCCCCAGCACCAGACCCAGACUGUAAACCCUCUACUCUGGCAUAAGACACAGAGGUGUCGAAGAUCCAUCUGCCAGCCCCGGCCCGCUAGCACACGCAAACUACAACUGUGCUCCCUGCUAGCUGUGCUGAAGCACCAAUUUGAACUGCUCUCGGACUCACAUAUUGCUGUUCACUGGACCUUAUGAUCACUCAGCUGCACAGCUGAUGCCUGCUGGACUGUUCCUUUACACGGUACCCUGUCCUGUUUAUUCUGUUUAGCCUCAGCCCAAACGUUAUCGCUAUUACCAGUUGUUGUCUUAGCUCUCUCUAAUAACACCUGUGAUUGCUUUAUGCCUCUCUCCCUUGUAAAUAUGCCUUGCCUAUUGCUGUUUGGGUUAGUUCUUAUUAUACAAUUUCACUGUAGAACCCCUAGUCCCUCUCAAACUGCCUCAAAUAGUUCAUUUGUUCCACCCCCCAUACACGCCGAGACCGGCUCAAUCGGUGCCUCCAGUGAUGCUAUCUCUUUCAUUGUUACCCAACGCUUAGGUUUACCUCAACUGUACUCAUAUCCUUCCAUAUCCUUUUCUGUACAUAAUGCCCUGAAUCUUUUCUACAACGCCCGGAGAACUGCCCCCUUUAUUCUAUGUACCCAACGCACUAGAAGACCAGUUCUUAAAGCCUUUAGUCGUAUCCUUAUUCUAGUCCUCCUCUGUUCCUCUGGUGAUGUAGAGGCUAACCCAGGCCCUGCAGCCCCCAGUAUCACUCCUACUCCCCAGGAGCUAUCAUUUGUUGACUUCUGUAACCGUAAAAGCCUUGGUUUUCUGCACGUAAAUAUCAGAAGCCUCCUUCCUAAGUUUGAGUUGUUCACUGCGUUAGCACACUCCGCCAACCCUGAUGUUCUAGCAGUGUCUGAAUCCUGGCUUAGGAAGGCCACCAAAAAUUCUGAAAUUUCCAUCCCCAACUAUAACAUUUUCCGUCUAGAUAGAACUGCCAAAGGGGGUGGAGUUGCAAUCUACUGUAGAGAUAGCCUGCAGAGCUCUAUCAUACUAUCCAGGUCUGUGCCCAAACAGUUUGCGCUUCUACUUCUAAAAAUCCACCUUUCCAGAAAUAAAUCUCUCACUGUUGCCGCUUGCUACAGACCCCCCUCAGCCCCCAGCUGUGCCCUGGACACCAUUUGUGAAUUGAUUGCCCCCCAUCUAUCCUCAGAGUUCGUACUGCUUGGUGACCUAAAUUGGGAUAUGCUUAACACCCCGGCCAUCCUACAAUCCAAACUAGAUGCCCUCAAUCUCACACACAUUAUCAACGAACCUAUCAGGUACAACCCUAAAUCCGUAAACAUGGGUACCCUCAUAGAUAUCAUCCUGACUAACUUACCCUCUAAAUACACCUCCGCUGUCUUCAACCAGGAUCUCAGCAAUCACUGCCUUAUUGCCUGCGUCCGUAACGGGUCCGCGGUCAAACGACCACCCCUCAUCACUGUCAAACGCUCCCAAAAACACUUCAGCGAGCAGGCCUUCCUAAUUGACCUGGCCCAGGUAUCCUGGAUGGAUAUAGAUCUCAUUCCGUCAGUAGAGGAUGCCUGGUUGUUCUUUAAAAGUAAUUUCCUCUCAAUCUUAAAUAAACAUGCCCCAUUCAAAAAAUACAGAACUAAGAACAGAUAUAGCCCCUGGUUCUCCUCAGACUUGACUGCCCUUGACCAGCACAAAAACAUCCUGUGGCGUACUGCAUUAGCAUCAAAUAGCCCCCGCGAUAUGCAACUUUUCAGGGAAGUUAGGAACCAAUAUACACAAGCAGUUAGGAAAGCAAAGGCUAACUUUUUCAAACAGAAAUUUGCAUCCUGUAGCACUAACCCCAAAAGUUUUGGGACACUGUAAAGUCCAUGGAGAAUAAGAGCACUUCCUCCCAGCUGCCCACUGCACUGAGGCUAGGAAACACUAUCACCACCGAUAAAUCUACAAUAAUCGAGAAUUUUAACAAGCAUUUUGCUACGGCUGGCCAUGCUUUCCACCUGGCUACCACUACCCCGGCCACCAGCUCUGCACUCUCCCGCUGCAACUUGCCCAUGCCCCCCCCCCCCGCUUCUCCUUCACACAAAUCCAGACAGCUGAUGUUCUGAAAGAGCUGCAAAAUCUGGACACCUACAAAUCAGCUGGGCUAGACAAUCUGGACCCUUUCUUUCUAAAACUAGCCGCCGAAAUUGUCGCAACCCCUAUUACUAGCCUGUUCAACCUCUCUUUCGUAACGUCUGAGAUCCCCAGAGAUUGGAAAGCUGCCGCGGUCAUCCCCCUCUUCAAAGGGGGGUGACACUCUAGAUCCAAACUGUUACAGACCCAUAUCCAUCCUGCCCUGCCUUUCAAAAGUUUUUGAAAGCCAAGUUAACAAACAGAUCACCGACCAUUUCGAAUCCCACCGUACCUUCUCCGCUAUGCAAUCCGGUUUCCGAGCUGGUCAUGGGUGCACUUCAGCCACGCUCAAGGUCCUAAACGAUAUUAUAACCGCGAUCGAUAAUAGACAGUACUGCGCAGCCGUUUUCAUUGACCUGGCCAAGGCUUUCGACUCUGUCAACCACCGCAUUCUUAUUGGCAGACUAAAUAGCCUUGGUUUCUCAAAUGACUGCCUCGCCUGGCUCACCAACUACUUCUCAGAUAGAGUUCAAUGUGUCAAAUCGGAGGGCCUGUUGUCUGGACCUAUGGCAGUCUCUAUGGGGGUGCCACAGGGUUCAAUUCUUGGGCCGACUCUUUUCUCUGUGUAUAUCAAUGAUGUCGCUCUUGCUGCUGGUGACUCUCAGAUCCCCCUCUACGCAGACGACACCAUUUUGUAUACAUCUGGCCCUUCAUUGGACACUGUGUUAACAAACCUCCAAACGAGCUUCAAUGCCAUACAACAGUCCUUCAGUAGCCUCCAACUGCUCUUAAACACUAGUAAAACUAAAUGCAUGCUCUUCAACCGAACGCUGCUUGCACCCCGCCCACCCGACUAGAAUCACUACUCUCGACGGGUCUGACCUAGAGUAUGUGGACAACUACAAAUACCUAGGUGUCUGGUUAGACUGUAAACUCUCCUUCCAGACUCACAUUAAGCAUCUCCAAUCCAAAGUUAAAUCUAGAAUCGGCUUCCUAUUUCGCAACAAAGCCUCCUUCACUCAUGCUGCCAAACAUGCCCUCGUAAAACUGACUAUCCUACCGAUCCUUGACUUCGGCGAUGUCAUUUACAAAAUAGCCUCCAACACUCUACUCAGCAAAUUGGAUGUAGUCUAUCACAGUGCCAUCCGUUUUGUCACCAAAGCCCCAUAUACUACCCACCACUGUGACCUGUACGCUCUUGUUGGCUGGUCCUCACUACAUAUUCGUCGCCAAACCCACUGGCUCCAGGCCAUCUAUAAAUCACUGCUAGGCAAAUCCCUGCCUUAUCUUAGCUCAUUGGUCACCAUAGCAACACCCACCCGUAGUAUGCGCUCCAGCAGGUAUAUCUCACUGGUCAUCCCCAAAGCCAACACCUCCUUUGGCCGCCAUUCCUUCCAGUUCUCUGCUGCCAAUGACUGGAACAAAUUGCAAAAAUCUCUGAAGCUGGAGACACUUAUCUCCCUCACUAACUUUAAGCAUCAGUUGUCAGAGCAGCUUACCGAUCACUGCACCUGUACACAGCCCAUCUGAAAUUAGCCCGCCCAAAUACCUCAUCCCUAUAUUGUUAUUUAUUUUGCUCAUUUGUACACCAGUAUCUCUAUUUGCACAUCAUCUCUUGCACAUCUAUCAUUCCAGUGUUAAUACUAAUUGUAAUUAUUUUGCACUAUAGCCUAUUUAUUGCCUUACCUCCAUAACUUGCUACAUUUGCACACACUGUAUAUAUAUAUAUUUAAAAAAAAAAAUUGUUGUAUUUUUGACUUUGUUUUGUUUUACCCCAUAUGUAACUGUGUUGUUGUUUUUAUCGCACUGCUUUGCUUUAUCUUGGCCAGGUCGCAGUUGUAAAUGAGAACUUGUUCUCAACUGGCUUACCUGGUUAAAUAAAGGUGAAAUAAAAAAAUAAAAUAAAAGGUGGCCAGCCUCAUUGACUCAAAUGGGAAAUUAAUCCAAGAGGAUAAACUCUUCCCCCACCACAAGGUGUCCAAAAUAUGGUGCCCCAAAACGCAGGAUGCACUCCACAUCCUGUCCCAGCCUGACUUUGGCACACCGGGCCACAUUAUUAUUCCCACCGGCACCAACAACCUGCGAGAGGAGCAGGAGAGGGCAGGCAGCCUGGUCAACAGAGUAGCAGAGAGGGCCUCUGAGUGGUUCCCCAACUCACACAUCACCAUCUCCACUCUGCUGCCCCGCAAAGACUUUCAUCCGCGUACCAUUCAGAAAGUCAGUGCUGACAUCACCAGAGUGUGUGCUCUACCUCCGAACGUGCACAUUGUUCACCACCCAACACUCACCUCCACCUGAGGAAGCAGACAGUUGGGAUGUUUGCCAAGACUCUAAAAGGACGUGGCACUUGGUAAACAAACACCCAUCGUCGCACUGGACAGAGGCCCACCCAGAGACCCCUACACAGACCGCCGCACCACCAAGGAGCCCCAGGCCCCCUCAACGCCCCACCAGACCCAGCGCACCACCAAGGAGCCCCAGGCCCCCUCAACGCCCCACCAGACCCAGCGCACCACCAAGGAGCCCCAGGCCCCCUCAACGCCCCACCAGACAUAGCGCACCCCACAGGCCCCACCCACCACCAGAGCAUCACCACCUCCAUCGGCGCUGCCAGACUGGACCGGGCCCAGCCUACUACCCAGCACCAGACCACCACCUCUACCAGACCAGAGAGGCAGUCCCCCGACCCAGACCUGGCCCCCAUCUCCACUCCACGGGGCUCAACAGCAGGACCAGCGGCAGCUACAGGGAGCCCUACAGGAGAACUCUGUAGUGUUGAGUGAGAUUAAACAGCUCCUCCGGUACAUCUGCACUAAACACACACACACACACAUAGCUAUUGCACUAAAAGUUUACUUGUUCAAUGAAUAAGAAGAAAAACAAACAAAAAAGGAGAAUGAAUGUUUGCUGUUUCCUGUUAAUCUCAUGCUUAACAACUCAGAAGUUAUUAGCUGCCGUAUUUCUGACCUGUGCAACAUGAAGACAUGCCCUAGCGGUGAUAUACUUGGAGAUAAAACAGAUAUAGAGAGAGAACGAAUACAGACACACAAAUACUGUUUGACAACGGUGUGAAAGUUUGUUGACAGUCUGACAUUGCAUCGCUGUAGCCUACCAAAUAUAUCCUACUUGCAGCCAUGCAAUUAUCCUAGCCUUGCCUGCACAAUCAAUCAACUGAGUACGCGGUUGGUCUUAUAAAUACCUGGUAAAUUGUGACUGACACGACAUUGUUUAUAUAUGGGCAAACAAAAAACAACAUUGAAAUGCAUUAAUCCAGGCUAAAAUAGGUCUGGCAAAAUUAAAACAUUGCAAACCUUGUGCGGGGCUCCAAGUAGCCGGUGGACUCCCGCUAUCUGAUUGAUAAGCGGGAUAUCCUCUCGGAACGUGUAGUGAGGUGGUCGGGUCGGUUCCGGGAAGUUGGUGCUGUUGAAUGGAUCGGUGUCGUCUAAGAACUGAACCCUGCAGACAAACGUAGCCAUGAUGUAUCCAUGCAAGAAGCUCCUCUGAUGAGGGGGCACCUAACACAGGUUAAUGAUUAGACCCGUCGCCUAGCAAGGAGCACUCCCCGUCUCUCUGUCUGCUGCUGCCCGUGACAACAACAAAAACAGCAGGUUGCCAAGUUUGAUCAGCCGCUCGCAACCGCUAUGGUUGGUUGGGCUACUAAAAUCAGAAUAGUGUGGUCGACUUGUCAUGAAGUCUGGUUGGACCAGCACAAGAAACUGUUUCGUUUCGCCGGUUGGUUAGUGCGUCUAUAGGGAGAACCGAUUAGUCCCGUUACUCUGUUCUGGGACCGUGUCACUGUGUCGUCUCUGUUGUCACUUGUCACAGCAGGUGGCCAAUGACAAGAGAGGCAGGCAAGGCGCUGGAGAGGGAGAGAGAUUUGUGACCGGUUGCUACAAGAAAAAGGCAACCAGUGAAGAACAAACACCAUUGUACACUGAACAAAAAUAUAAACGCAACAUGUAAAGUGUUGGUUUCAUGAGCUGAAAUAAAGAAUCCCAUAAAUGUUCCAUAUGCACAAAAAGCUUAUUUCUCUCAAAUGUUGUGCACAAAUUUGUUUACAUCCCUGUAAGUGAACAUUUCUCCUUUGCCAUGAUAAUCCUUCCACCUGACAGGUGUGGCAUAUCAAGAAGCUGAUUAAACGGCAUGAUCAUUACACAGGUGCACCUUGUGCUGGGGAAAAUAAAAGGCCAAUAAAAAAUGUGCAGUUUUGUCACACAACACAAUGCCACAGAUGUCAUAAUUUUUUUAGGGAGCACGCAAUUGGCAUGCUGACUGCAGGAAUGUCCACCAGAGCUGAUGCCAGAGAAUUGAAUGUUAAUUUCUCUCCAAUGUCAUUUUAGAGAAUUUGGCAGUAUGUCCAACCGGCCUCACAACCGCAGACCACGUGUAACCAUGACAGCCGAGGAACUCAACAUCCAGCUUCUUCACCUGCGGGAUCGUCUGAGACCAGCCACUCGGACAGCUGAUGAAACUGAGGAGUAUUUCUGUCUGUAAUAAACCCGUUUGUGGGGAAAAACUCAUUCUGACUGGCUGUGCCAGGCUCCCAAGUGGAUGGGCCUGGCUUAAAUACAAUCCAUAUUUAUGUAGAUUUAUUUUCCCUUUUGUUUUACAACACAGUACAUAGCCAUAACAUGACAUUUGAAAUGUCUCUAUUCCUUUGAAACUUUUGUGAGUAUAAUAUUUACUGUUAAUUUCUGAUUGUUUAUUUCACUUUUGUUUAUUAUCUAUUUCACUUGUUUGGCAAUGUAAACAUAUGCCCCCCGUGUAGCUCAGUUGGUAGAGCAUGGCGUUUGCAACGCCAGGGUUGUGGGUUAUAUUCCCACGGGGGGGCAGUAUGAAAACGUAUGCACUCAUUAACUGUAAGUCGCUCUGGAUAAAAUGUUAAAUGUAAUGUUGCCCAUGCCAAUAAAGCCCCUUGAAUUGAGACUGAGCGAGAGCAAAAGCGAGAGAGAGAGAGAUUAGUCUGCAUGGGACAGACGGUUUUUUCGUCUAGAGGGAGAGAAAAUCCAUCCCCUCCCACCUUCUCUUUGGUAUUAGCGCAACAGCGAGGAUUGAGUCUGAUUUCAAAGCAAAUGGUGACCUCUUCUGGCAUACUGUUGAUCAUGCACCAGCGUCAUAGAAGUUCACAGCUGUAAUUCAAUCUAACCCGCAAUGAGGUAGUCUAUUUACGUUGCAGCUAAGGCCAUUCAAAGGAAGGUGCUUACAGUUUUCAAGAAGUUUGAGUAGUUUGUUAACUAAGUACUGCAAACAAACAUUGGAGUGGUCAGUUUGAUUGAAUUCCAGUGUCUGAGUACUUCUGCAUACAGCAUAGGCCUACUACCUUGAAACCAACCAUUAUCACACUGUAAUGUGUUCUCAAUGGAUGCAACCAACCAUUAUCACACUGUAAUGUGUUCUCAAUGGAUGCAACCAACCAUUAUCACACUGUAAUGUGUUCUCACUGGAUGCAACCAACCAUUAUCACACUGUAAUGUGUUCUCACUGGAUGCAACCAACCAUUAUCACACUGUAAUGUGUUCUCACUGGAUGCAACCAACCAUUAUCACACUGUAAUGUGUUCUCACUGGAUGCAACCAACCAUUAUCACACUGUAAUGUGUUCUCACUGGAUGCAACCAACCAUUAUCACACUGUAAUGUGUUCUCACUGGAUGCAACCAACCAUUAUCACACUGUAAUGUGUUCUCACUGGAUGCAACCAACCAUUAUCACACUGUAAUGUGUUCUCACUGAGAGCAUCCCAAAUGGAAUCAUAUUUCCUAUAUAGUGCACUACACUCUUAGAAAAAAGGGUAAUAUCUCAAAUCAAAUCAAAUCAAAUGUAUUGGUCACAUACACAUGGUUAGCAGAUGUUAUUGCGUGUGUAGUGAAAUGCUUGUGCUUCUAGUUCCGACAGUGCAGUAAUAUCUAGCAAGUAAUAUCUAACAGUUCCACAACAAAUACCUAAUACACACAAAUCUAAGUAAAGGAAUGGAAUAAGAAUAUAUAUAUAUAUGGGCAAUGUCAUUGUCAGAGCAGCAUAGGCUAAGAUGCAAUAGAUAAAUUUAGCAAAAAAAGUACGAAAGGGAAAAUAAAUAAAUAGAUAAAUAUAAUCUCAGCAAAAAAAAGAAAUGUCCCUUUUUCAGGACCCUGUCUUUCAAAGAUAAUUCGUAAAAAUCCAAAUAACUUCUCAGAUCUUCAUUGUAAAGGGUUUAAACACUGUUUCCCAUGCUUGUUCAAUGAACCAUAAACAUAUAAUGAAAAUGCACCUGUGGAACGGUCGUUAAGACACUUAACAGCUUACAGACGGUGGGCAAUUAAGGUCACAGUUAUGAAAACUUAGGACACUAAAGAGGCCUUUCUACUGACUGAAAAACACAAAAAGAAAGAUGCCCAGGGUCCCUGCUCAUCUGUGUGAACGUGCCUUAGGUAUGCUGCAAGGAGGCAUGAGGACUGCAGAUGUGGCCAGGGCGAUGAAUUGCAAUGUCCGUUCUGUGAGACGCCUAAGACAGCGCUACAGGGAGACAGGACGGACAGCUGAUCGUCCUCGCAGUGGCAGACCACGUAUAACAACACCUGCACAGGAUCGGUACGUCCGAACAUCACACCUGCGGGACAGGUACAGGAUGGCAACAACAAUUGCCCGAGUUACACCAGGAACGCAAAAUCCCUCCAUCAGUGCUCAGACUGUCCGCAAUAGGCUGAGAGAGGCUGGACUGAGGGCUUGUAGGCCUGUUGUAAGGCAGGUUCUCACCAGACAUCACCGGCAACAACGUUGCCUAUGGGCACAAACCCACCAUCGCUGGACCAGACAGGACUGGCAAAAAGUGCUCUUCACUGACGAGUCGCGGUUUUGUCUCACCAGGGGUGAUGGUCUGAUUCACGUUUAACGUCGAAGGAAUGAGCGUUACACCGAGGCCUGUACUAUGGAGCAGGAUCGAGGUGAAGGGUCCGUCAUGGUCUGGGGCGGUGUGUCACAGCAUCAUCGGACUGAGCUUGUUGUCAUUGCAGGCAAUCUCAACGCUGUACGUUACAGGGAAGACAUCCUCCUCCCUCAUGUGGUACCCUUCCUGCAGGCUCAUCCUGACAUGACCCUCCAGCAUGACAAUGCCACCAGCCAUACUGUUCGUUCUGUGCGUGAUUUCCUGCAAGACAGGAAUGUCAGUGUUCUGCCAUGGCCAGCGAAGAGCCCGGAUCUCAAUCCCAUUGAGCACUUCUGGGACCUGUUGGAUCGGAGGAUGAGGACUAGGGCCAUUCCCCCCAGAAAUGUCUGCGAACUUGCAGGUGCCUUGGUGGAAGAGUGGGGUAACAUCUCACAGCAAGAACUGGCAAAUCUGGUGCAGUCCAUGAGGAGGAGAUGCACUGCAGUACUUAAUGCAGCUGAUGGCCACACCAGAUACUGACUGUUACUUUUGAUUUUGACCCCCCCCCCCCCCUUUGUUCAGGGACACAUUAUUCCAUUUCUGUUAGUCACAUGUCUGUGGAACUUGUUCAGUUUAUGUCUCAGUUGUUGAAUCUUGUUAUGUUCAUACAAAUAUUUACACAUGUUAAGUUUGCUGAAAAUAAACGCAGUUGACAGUGAGAGGGACGUUUCCUUUUUUUGCUGAGUUUAGUAUCUAGAACCUAAAACGGUUCUUCCGCUGUCCCCAUAGGAGAACCCUUUGAAUAACUAUUUUUGAUUCCAGGUAGAACACUUCUGAGUUCCCUGUACACAAAGGGUUAUUCAUGGAACCCAAAAGAGUUCCUCCUGGAACCAAAAACGGGUUUUCCUAUGGGGGCAGCCGAAGAACCCUUUUUGGAACCCUUUUGACUAGGGCCCAUAGAACUCUGGUUAAACGUAGCGCUCUAUAUAGGGAAUAGGGUGCCAUUUGGUUAAACGUAGCGCUCUAUAUAGGGAAUAGGGUGCCAUUUGGUUAAACGUAGCGCUCUAUAUAGGGAAUAGGGUGCCAUUUGGUUAAACGUAGCGCUCUAUAUAGGGAAUAGGGUGCCAUUUGGUUAAACGUAGCGCUCUAUAUAGGGAAUAGGGUGCCAUUUGGUUAAACGUAGCGCUCUAUAUAGGGAAUAGGGUGCCAUUUGGUUAAACGUAGCGCUCUAUAUAAGGAAUAGGGUGCCAUUUGGUUAAACGUAGCGCUCUAUAUAGGGAAUAGGGUGCCAUUUGGUUAAACGUAGCGCUCUAUAUAGGGAAUAGGGUGCCAUUUGGUUAAACGUAGCGCUCUAUAUAGGGAAUAGGGUGCCAUUUGGUUAAACGUAGCGCUCUAUAUAGGGAAUAGGGUGCCAUUUGGUUAAACGUAGCGCUCUAUAUAGGGAAUAGGGUGCCAUUUGGUUAAACGUAGCGCUCUAUAUAGGGAAUAGGGUGCCAUUUGGUUAAACGUAGCGCUCUAUAUAGGGAAUAGGGUGCCAUUUGGUUAAACGUAGCGCUCUAUAUAGGGAAUAGGGUGCCAUUUGGUUAAACGUAGCGCUCUAUAUAGGGAAUAGGGUGCCAUUUGGUUAAACGUAGCGCUCUAUAUAGGGAAUAGGGUGCCAUUUGGUUAAACGUAGCGCUCUAUAUAGGGAAUAGGGUGCCAUUUGGUUAAACGUAGCGCUCUGUAUAGGGAAUAGGGUGCCAUUUGGUUAAACGUAGCGCUCUGUAUAGGGAAUAGGGUGCCAUUUGGUUAAACGUAGCGCUCUAUAUAGGGAAUAGGGUGCCAUUUGGUUAAACGUAGCGCUCUAUAUAGGGAAUAGGGUGCCAUUUGGUUAAACGUAGCGCUCUAUAUAGGGAAUAGGGUGCCAUUUGGUUAAACGUAGCGCUCUAUAUAGGGAAUAGGGUGCCAUUUGAUUAAACGUAGCGCUCUAUAUAAGGAAUAGGGUGCCAUUUGGUUAAACGUAGCGCUCUAUAUAGGGAAUAGGGUGCCAUUUGGUUAAUAAUUUAACGUAGCGCUCUAUAUAGGGAAUAGGGUGCCAUUUGGUUAAACGUAGCGCUCUAUAUAGGGAAUAGGGUGCCAUUUGGUUUAAACGUAGCGCUCAUAUAGGGAAUAGGGUGCCAUUGGUUAAACGUAGCGCUCUAUUAUAGGGAAUAGGUGCCAUUUGGUUAAACGUAGCGCUCUAUAUAGGGAAUAGGGUGCCAUUUGGUUAAACGUAGCGCUUAUAUAGGGGAAUAGGGGUGCCAUUUGGUUAAACGUAGCGCUCUAUAUAGGGAAUAGGGUGCCAUUGGUUAAAAGUUUAAACGUAUCGCUCUGUAUAGGGAAUAGGUGCCAUUUGGUUAAACGUAGCGCUCUAUAUAGGGAAUAGGGUGCCAUUUUGGUUAAACGUAGCGCUCUAUAUGGGAAUAGGGUGCAUUUGGUUAAACGUAGCGCUCUAUAUAGGGAAUAGGGUGCCAUUGGUUAAACGUAGCGCUCUAUAUAGGGAAUAGGGUGCCAUUGGUUAAACGUAGCGCCUAUAUAGGGAAUAGGGUGCCAUUUGGUUAAACGUAGCGCUCUAUAAGGGAAUAGGGUGCCAUUUGGUUAAACGUAGCGCUCUAUAUAGGGAAUAGGGUGCCAUUGGUUAAACGUAGCGCUCUAUAUAGGGAAUAGGGUGCCAUUUGGUUAAACGUAGCGCUCUAUAUAGGGAAUAGGGUGCCAUUUGGUUAAACGUAGCGCUCUAUAUAGGGAAUAGGGUGCCAUUUGGUUAAACGUAGCGCUCUAUAUAGGGAAUAGGGUGCCAUUUGGUUAAACGUAGCGCUCUAUAUAGGGAAUAGGGUGCCAUUUGGUUAAACGUAGCGCUCUGUAUAGGGAAUAGGGUGCCAUUUGGGACACAUAAUCUCUCCUCUGAAUGGUCUGACUGGCAGAAGACACUUUCAAAUAUUUAACAAAGGAGGACAGAACAUCUCAACCAGCCCUACGGUAAGAAACGUAUUAAAUAACAGUAGCUGGACAUUGGGCUUUCAUCCCAGUGUCCCUCGAACACAGUCCUCUGGCUUCAUUAUGGCAUGUCCUCCAACAAAUCAUUCAUUAAUUCUUUUACAAUCCCAGGGUUAUCCUCUGUUGGCAUUUGAGUUGGGUGGGAGACAUGUUCACUGACUGUUGUAACAUCAGACAUCACUUAUCUAACCAACACAACCUCUUUCAGCCGGACAAAUAACAGGUAAAUCAAAUGCAUUCUUAAAUAGAGCGAACUACUCCCGAUAAAUUGCAUUGGGACAGUUGUGAAAUCCGGAACAUUACAGAUCUGUAGAUUGUAGAAUUUACAGAGAAUGCAUUUAGGAAUUUGGCCUGGUGAACCCCACUGUACACUUAGCUAGCUACCAUCCCCAUAGCCUACAUUGCACUGAGUUUCUAAACCCCAGAGGCGCAACAUCACGGGAACAUCUGGGAACGCUUGUGAAACAGACCAAACAGACCAGGCCGGGGUUUGGGGUUUGAGAAGUCAAUGAGAGAAGUGAAAAAUUAUUCCUUAGUUGUUAAUUUUCGCCAAAUCUAAAAGCACAAGCUAGAUUCGAGCCAAUGUCUUAAGUGGUUGAUUACGUUAUUACUCCAACCUUGGGAAAGUGACAAACUGACACGUUUUCAUUUCGUCAAAAAACAACUUUAUAUAGAAGGAGUGCCUUUGAUUUUGACGGCUUGCAAAUGCGGAGUUCAGUGCGAGACAACCGUUAGUCCCAAUGAUGUGUUUCUACCCAUGAGCUUGCCUAGCCAACGUCGCCAUGACGUAACCUACAAACGUGAUCGGAGAUUUCUAUUGGAUAAGCGUAUGCCGUACGGUCUUUGGCGUGACUGGCUCAUCUGUGGCUGUAUGGAGAAAAAUUCCCUAUUUUUUCCUCUGAUUGGCUCAAAGUCAAGUUGUUGGCCACUGACAAGCGUUGCAGAUUCUACUGUAGGUUAAUCGCUAACAGGUCGGCACGCAGCACGUUCUAGCAAGCGAAGGAAAGGCCUACCUAUCGACAGUGAGGUUCUCUGUGGGUUUCAUGAUUUAGCUUGGGUUAGGGGUUAGUGAUAACAACAUAUUCUCUAACUCUCUUAACCUACUUGAGUUUAGAAUGGGUGAUGUCCACUUAUUAACAAAAUGAUAAGGACUGACCAUUUGUAUAACAAGGAAUUGUCCAUUCUCUGUUUCCUGAUCUUGUAAAGGAAUAUUCAAAUGUAAAGGAAUAUUAAACUAUGCAUUUUUCAGUUGUAAAGAUUUGUCUGUCAAUAACUUGACUAUUCAUAUCGGAUUCAAAGCUUCAUUAGAAUGAAGGAUAACGCCACUGUUGCUAAAGCAAAGUGAGAUAAUGACAUCAACAAUAACAGUAUAAAUUAUCAUUAUAAUACAUCAAUAAUAAUACAUAUCGUUUUCAUACAGAUUCAGUAUAUUCUCUGAAAUGCCAGAUUAACCAGUGAUGCAAAAAAAACUAUGAAUAAUUGUGUGGCAACUGAAAACUUCUGUUUGUGCAACUGCAUAAUCUUAGUACAGUUAGGGGUUUUGCUGUGUUGAUUUAGAAGUAUUCAAAGAUUAACCGUUUUGUGUUCAAUCUUUAUCAUCUGAAGGUUCCAGUUUCCUAAGUGGUAUAUUUGCCAACCUCAUCUGUCAUUUGUAGAGGACAUCUAAUUGGGCCAUAUAUUUGAUAAUCUUAUGAUGUUUUGGUAAAUGAUUCAAAAGGCAGUCAAUCAGUAAUUUGGGAUGGCAGCCUCACCCAAUACUAAAUAUACACCUGGCCCACACACACACACACACACACACAUAUUCCCUCCACACAAAGAGUGACCGUGACAGCACCAGAUAGAGAAAGAGAGAGAGAGCGAAAGAGAGAGAGAGAGAGAGAGAGAGAGAGAGCGAGAGAGCGAGAGAGCGAGAGAGCGAGAGAGCGAGAGAUAGAGAGAUAGAGAGAUAGAGAGAUAGAGAGAUAGAGAGAUAGAGAGAUUGAGAGAGAGCGAGAGAGAGAGCGAGAGAGAGAGAGAGAGAGAGAUACAUAAUACCCCGUGAAGACUAAAUGGCACAAGAGACUGCCACACACCUCUGCUGUCUCUUCCUGUGACUGAAGAAUCACCAUUCAGGAAACAUCUCUUGUUGCGGGAGCAGCAGAUACUUAGUGGAGUGGAUAUUACCUGCUUUCUCUAGGCUGAAGCCUGAUCGCCUCCUGAUCUCCACAGCCUGCCAGCCGGCCACCAUGAGAUUCCCCAAGCUCCCCAACCCAGGUCUGGAUGACCGGAUCCCGUCUCAUCAGGAACUGGAGAGGAUGGAGAAGGAGGAGGCCGGGGACAGGCCCAAAUGGGACAACAAGACCCAGUACAUGCUGACCUGUGUGGGCUUCUGUGUGGGGCUGGGGAACGUGUGGAGGUUCCCUUACCUGUGUCAGAGCCAUGGAGGAGGUAAAUUAUGCUAUACAGUUGGGGCCGGUUUCCCGGACACAGAUUAA